AGCAUGACGAGCACGUGUAAAACAAUUACAUUGUAUUCCAAUUAUGCAUAAGUUAAUUCACUUUUGUUAUAUUUUCCACAUAUACGAGUAUUGACCAGUGUCCAGAAGGAAACAUAUUAUACAAGACAAGCGAACUUGAAACAAUUCAGCAUGAGGGGCAUGGUUUUAUUAGCGUUUUGUGCCAUAACCUUGUUUCCAGACCAAUGUCAACUAAGUGUCAGUCGAAAACCUAAGAACAUAAGCGUAACAUUGGAUACUUCAUCGCCGCCGACGCCAUCGUAUUACAAUCCUAAUCCUGGCUACGAUGCAUACUGGACUGAUGGGCACUGGAUUUUUGGGACAACCACCACGAAACCCCGCGUAACCACAUCCACCAUGACCCGAAUGCUCGUGUGCAAGAAACCUUGUCCUAUUGAGUACCGAAGCGUGCCUAAAGUAUGCGGUCAUCAAGUGAACUUAAUACGGAAAGGCUUAAACGAUAACGAUUUACCAGUCAAAGAGAUUACAGCUUACACGUUAGACCCAAUGGCCUCAAAUUAUCGGACUUUCUCGUCCUAUUGCGAGUUUUUGGCUUUCCAAUGUAAAGACAAAAUAUGGAACAAUAUGGGAUGGGUCUUCAUACAUUUUGGCGACUGUGUGGCAGACGAGGAUGUUGGUGGGUUCAUAGAUAAUGAUAAAGCUAUAGUCGACCGGAAGAAUCGUUUAUUGAAAGCAUACAAAGUUUCCAGCCAAACUAUCGCAAGUGAGUACUUUAAAAAUAAGAGGGAGCGUUUGCCGCCCAGCGCGUGCGCCUCACCGGGCAUGCGAACAGGCGCCGGCGCCGUCGCGAAACCACCGCCCCACCGUCCCCCGCCGCGGGGCAACGGCGAGGGGGCGGAACAGAAAGACCUAUUCUUGAUAGUGUAG